AUGGAAUCACUACCUCACUUGCGCGAUGUGUUCCCUGAACACUUCAGUAACAACUCUUCUGCUCGUCCCACGCCUACGAACAAUGCUCCGUUGGCGAAGGGCAACACCAUACCUCACAAUUCGCCAAGUUCAAAUAUGCGGCCGACGGGGCACGGUCCGAUCAACCACUCUAACGUAGCAAACGCUACACCAAAGCAAGGCGCACAUAACGGUGGCGCUUCCAGAGCGACUGCGCCCUCAUUCAGCGUGCUAGACAGCGGCACUUUGGACGUAGUCUACACUAGCUACAGUGUCCCUACCAACAGCUCGUGGGCUGCCAUGCAACGGCUACCCCCUGAAGGAUCAUCCGCCGCCAACAUCCCCGUGCAAGGGACGAAUCCCGACCGUCGAAGGCACGUCUGCCCCAUUUGCUCGAAGCCAUUCGAACGGUCAAGCAGCCUGCAAACUCACAUGCAUAUUCAUACGGGAGAAAGACCUUACAUAUGCCCCGUCGAGGGAUGCGGGCGCGAAUUCAACGCCAAAUCUAAUAUGCUUCGGCAUUACCGUGCGCACCCUCAGCGCUGA